CAUCUUGGUGGUGGGUACUAUGGCCAGCACUGAACAAGAUUUACCCGGAAAUAGUCUCAGAAUCCGAGAUCCUCGCCAUCAUGAUCAAGCGAUAUGCGCUCCAGCGAAAUGAGGGCAGUGACUUUGUCAUCAGGGCGGGAUCCAUUUUCCAAAUGACAUCCGGGAAAGGUCGUACAGCGGCAUGGGCGGUGAAGGACAGUAUCGUGGGGUUGCGCAUCUUGCAGCGCUUUACGACACCCUUCUCCAGCAAAACUUGCUGCGUAUCGUUGAGCCGUACUCGGUGGUAGAGAUCGACUACGUUGCCAAACAAGUCGGGCAAGGAUGGCAGGUCGUUGAGGCCAAGCUAUCUCAGAUGAUCUUGGACAAGGUGUUCCACGGCGUGCUGGAUCAGGAACGAGGAUGCCUAAUUGUGUUCGAUGAGCUAGAAGCCGACAAUACGUAUGGAGCAGCAAUUGGGACUCUGGAGCAAGUUAGCAAGGUCAUAGACUCGUUGUAUGCUAAAACUGUCAAGAUUGCAUAGAUAUUGUUGUUUAUGUUUCCUCCGAGUCCUUCCUACACGUGAAACUCAACAAGA